CCCGCCCCCGCCCCCACCCCGGCCUCCCCUGCUCCGGCGGCCCCGCGCCACGGCUCCUUCACGCCUCCCCGAUGGCCGAGCGAAAGAGCACCAACAAGUAUUACCCGGCGGACUUCGACCCGGCCGGCGGGUCGCUGAACACCCAGCGCGGGCACCGGGUCCAGCCGCGCGACUCGCGCACCGGCGAGGCCAUCGUCCGGUUUGAGCUGCCCUUCGCCGUGCGAUGCCUCCAGUGCGACCACCGCAUGGACCGGGGGGUCCGCUUCAAUGCGCGGAAAUUCCUCACAGGCCGGCGGUACCACAGCACCGCGGAGCUGGCCUUUCGUCUGCGCUGUGCCUUGACCGGCUGCCCGGGGGAGUUCAUCGUGCGCAUUGACGCCGCCAAGCGGGACUAUGUCGUCGAUGAGGGGGCCCGCCGGGUGGACCUGGCCUCGCUGCUGGAGCACCAUGAUGGGCGCCCGGCCGACGGGUCGGCCCCGAUCGUGGACACGGCCGAGGUCCUGCGCGAGGCGCGCGAGGCGCGCUCCCUCCUGCAAGCGGUCGAGCAUGAUGCCCAGGCCCGGCGCUCGGUCGAGGAGGCCAAUGCCGAGCUGACGGCCAUCCUGGCGCACCCCAGCCAGCGGACCGACCCGCUGGAUGAUGCCCGCGACCUGCGGGCCAGCUUUCGCCAGGACCGCCAUGCGCGCCGAGCCACGCUCCUGGCGGACCGCCGGUCGCUGCGUGCCGCAGGCUUGCCGGUGGCGCUGGCCUCUUCGCGCCCCUUGUCGCAAGGCCCCGGGGGUCCGGGCGCACCGGCCGGCCGGACUGCCCGGCAGCAGGACGCCCAGCUGGCCGGCCUGCUGGAGGAGGUCAUGGGCCCCGGGCAUGCGCACCUGGCCGGCGUGCGAGAUGCCCUGACCGGCGCCUCGGCCCCGAGCCCCAGGGCCUCCGGGAUAUCGCCCCCACGAGCCGACGCCGAGGUGGCCGACGCCAGCGUGCCCAUGCGAGACCGGGCCCUGGCGCGGCUGGCCCCGCCCAGGCGCCCGGCGACCGCCGCGAUCUCCGGCAGCCUGGCCCGGCAGCUGACGGCCGUGCGUCAGGCCCGCGUCGCCAAGGCCCCGCGCAAAUAGACCGGCGCCCGUGA